UCAUACCGAUUGAAACACAGCUGCAACCAUACACACACUGAAACAUAGAUUGAUACAUACAUCACGAGAGGAAGUAGCCCUAAUUCAUGAUCUCCUCCAAAUUACAACUCAAAUUGAAUUAAAAUCAUCAAUUGAAAUGCAAUUACACAAUUUUUUUCAUAUAAUUAUAUGGAUUGUAUACACACUGAACGCAAGUCAUUACGUAAGUGCGAUAUGUGAAUACAGCAUAACAAAAGCGAACAAAGUUUAUAGUUACAGCUUAGCUUCUGCUACGGAUUCUUUUCCUCAUGGAGUCGUCAGUGAAGACGGAUUUUACAAGGUGUCGUCUAAUGGGACAGUGGUUUGGUUUCAGCUUUGUGAUGGAUUGAUUUUCAACCAUGACCCACCAAGAUGUUUUGAUUGCUUGGAUUGUGGGGGAUCAUCUCGAUGUGGGAUGGGUUGCAGUGCACUUAUGUCCAAUAAGACAUUAGGGGGGUAUCCUGUAUGUACAACUAUUGGGCGCACCCAAAGCAUCAGCACAAAUCUCAUUGAUAAAGAGUCUCCAGGCAUGGGCGUUGUCAUUAAAAUGUGGCAUCAAUUGCCAGAAAUGAAUUGUUCGCUCUCCGUUUCUGUUAUCUGUGACUCAAAGCAAGUUCAAGGACCUAAGACACUCGAGAAGGCCGGGGAUUGUAACUUUGCUACUCAAAUAACACAUCCAGCUGGCUGUGCCAAUGUGGCAGCUACCCAAGGCAAUGGAGUGGGCUGGUUUAGCACCCUCUUAAUCAUAUGUUUGUGUCUCUUUGGAGGUUACCUAGUAGCUGGAGCUGCUUAUCGCUUCUUCUACCUUGGCAUCCGUGGUAUAGAUAUUAUCCCAAACUUGGAACUUUGGGCCAGCUUGCCUCAUAGAGUUCGGAACUUAUCAAUGUCAUUGGUUAGAAGAUUUAGAGGACCCUCACAAAGUUACAGAAGCUCGUACUCACCUGUUGCCUUUUGACUUUCGAAAUAUUGUUGGUCCUUCAAUUUCUUUCACAUGGUUGGAGGAAAUUCCUACAUUGACAAGAGUUACAGGCAAUUUGUAUGCUUAUUUUUAUCCACGAGAGAACAUAGUUAAACUGUUGAUCUCGAGACAUAUGCUGAGACGCACUAUUGAGGCUCUAUUGUAUCAUAAGUUUUGAUUCCAUGUCUUGAUUCAUAUUUAUCUUUCAGGCUCAUGAUUAUUGUCGUAUUGCCAAAACUGUUUAUCUGAAGACGUAAUUUAGUUUAGGCAAAUUCUGUAAUAGUGUAAAAGCGAGAUUGCUGUUAUAUUUUUCUUUUUUUAUGAUAAUUAUAUUGAUGAUGGUUUUUACC